GAAAACCGCACCAAGUACCGAAGCGUCAAACCCCACUCUACAUCAAUGAUGAGUACGACGAUCAGUCCUGAUGCGCCGCUCGAGGGCAACCCUUCCGAUGUCUCGGAGGCUAAUGCCGAGAACUUCGUUGUCGAGUACGACGAUGUCAUCGCGGAGAUCUUCGGGGACCCCCCCCAGCCCCGCGCCAAGACAGUCGUUGACGCCAUUGUCGGAGAUCCCGAUUACAACCGCGCCAAGACAGUCGUUGAGACCGUCGUCCUUGAGAAGAAUAUUGCGGUUAAGCAGAACGUCGGCGAUGAGAAGGAUGUCGACGAUGAGAGCGAUUUCGAGGAUGAGAAUGAUGUCGGUGAUGAGUACGCUGUCGGCGAUGAGAACGCUGUCGGCGACGAGACGGACGUCAGCGAUGAGGAGAACGGUGUAAACAAUGUCACCAAGCACCGCGUCAAGAGAGUCAUCGAGACUAUUAUUGGGGACAUGCUUGUGACCGUUGUCGAAGACGUGGUGGAAAAUCAGUCAAUUCACUCCCACGGAAGCGGAUCGGCGACUGAAAAUCCUAUUGUUGACCAGGCCGUGCGCGAUGCCAGACGCGAGUCGUAUGUAAUCAUCGAUACUCCAGUCCCUCUUCUCUACAACGACCCCGCCUCGGACGAACUCCGCCAUAGCAGGAGGCUUCGCGCCUCGCAGGUGUUGAGCGAUUGGGAGGCGGCCGGGCUUUCGCUCUCGCUGUUUGAUAAAGUCCCGGCCAACGAUGCGAGCAAGUUGGGCAUCGCCGCCGUCACCGACGACCACCUCGCGCGCUUCACUUGGCCGUCCGCGCUUCCGGCCACCUCGUCCGCGUUUCCGACAACCUCGUCCGCGCUUCUGACCACCUCGUCCGGCGAACCGCAAGGGCACGAAGCGAGUGACACCCCCCUCCUGUCGACUAGCUCCCGUCCUCUUUUGAGGCCGAACACUCCCCCCGCUGGUGCACCGGAGCCGGCCUCCUCUUCGGGGUUCGUGAGGGUCGAUCUACCCUACGAUCAAUAUGCAUCCGUUCUCAACGCGCCCCCCUUCGAGCCCCCCGUCGACGACGGCCGCUUCCAGUUCCCGCCACUUGCGGAUCCCCCCUCCUCAGCCAAAGCGAAAAGCAAGCGACGUCGAUUCUGGUCGUGCUUGAAGAGACUGUUUUGCUGCUGCAUGAUGGACUCCGAGGAAAGAAGUCGACGUGGAGCUAUUACUCCUCCAGGUUCGCCCACCUUCCAGUACCGCUACUAUUCAGACCAGCUGAUUCGUGACUUGCGCGAAGAGAAUGAUGAGCACGCGACACUGGCUCAAGAGGUUGCUUCCGCUGCCACUGCUGGGCCGAGUGGGGGUGACGCGGACUCUCAGGUGCAAGUGCUUGCCGAAGAUUACGAUUACCACGUUGAUCUGGAUGAGUACAAUUUACAUGGGCGUGAAGGGCAGAUGGUGGGGGGAAACGCACAGCGUGGACGUGCCACCACCCGAGCUGAAUGAGGGGAGCGCCAUCGCGGUGUGAUGCGAGAGGUGUUGAUGCGUACAGCAGACAGAUGCUUUCCUGUGAUGCUUUGGUGGCCUUGGCGGAGUCUAGGGUCCAUGGGUGUUAGGUAUUAUCAGGUUCGCCCGGUGAAUAAUUCCGGUUAUACCUUCGCCUUAUAGGUUGAAUGCAAUGCUCAUCCUCAA